UUAUGGUAAAAAAGUCAUUUAUACCUGUUAUUUCACAAGAAAAAAAGGAAAAAAACCGGGAUUGGUUGAAUUUCAAAUAUUCAAAUUUACCAAUAGAAUACGAAGACUUACUUCACAUUUUGAAUUGCACCGAAAAGACUACUCAUCCCAAACAGGUUUACGUAAAAUUUUGGGAAAACGGCAAAGAUUACUGUCUUAUUUGUCAAAGAAAGAUGGAAUACGGUAUAAAAAAUUAAUCAAUCAGUUUAAUAUUCGGCAGUCACAAAUUCGUUAAAUUGAAGAGUAAUUUUCAAUUAUUCGAUUUAUUAGAUCUUGAAUUUGGAUGAACUUUUUUUUUAAGCGAUUCAUAAAAGAAUAAAUCGAGCAAAAACCUAUGAAUAUCUCAACGAAAAGAAAGGACUUCAUGAUAGUCAAUAUGGGGCCUCACCACCCAUCAAUGCACGGUGUUCUUAGACUUAUUGUUACUCUAGAUGGUGAGGAUGUUAUUGAUUGUGAACCGAUAUUGGGUUAUUUACACAGAGGAAUGGAAAAAAUAGCGGAAAACCGAACAAUUAUACAAUAUCUGCCUUAUGUAACACGUUGGGACUAUUUAGCUACAAUGUUCACAGAAGCAAUAACUGUAAAUGGACCAGAACAGUUGGGAAAUAUUCAAGUACCUAAAAGAGCCAGCUAUAUCCGAGUAAUAAUAAUGAAAUUGGCCGAUAUUAUGACAAUACUAGAAAUACAAGAUAUACAUUUUUUUUUCAGAUUGCAAUUUUUGAAAGAGAUAUAUGGAAUUCUUUGGGUAUUUGUGCCUAUUUUUAUUUUGAUAUUAGGAAUUACUAUAAGUGUACUAGCAAUUGUAUGGUUAGAAAGAGAAAUAUCUGCAGGGAUACAACAGCGUAUUGGACCUGAAUACACCGGUCCUUUUGGAGUUCUUCAAGCUCUAGCAGACGGAACAAAAUUACUUUUUAAAGAGAAUCUUAUUCCAUCUAGAGGAGAUAUUCGUUUAUUUAGUUUCGGCCCAUCUAUCUCAGUCAUAUCCAUUAUAAUAAGCUAUUCAGUAAUUCCUUUUGGCUAUAACUUUGUUUUAUCUGAUCUGAAUAUUGGUGUUUUUUUAUGGAUUGCUAUUUCGAGUAUUGCCCCCAUUGGACUUCUUAUGUCAGGAUAUGGGUCAAAUAAUAAAUAUUCCUUUUUGGGUGGUCUACGAGCAGCUGCUCAAUCAAUUAGUUAUGAAAUACCAUUAACUCUAUGUGUGUUAUCGAUAUCUCUAUGUGUGCUUCGUUGAGACAUAAAUUUUUUGAUACUAUUUCUUAUAAGCCUCUCCUUAUAUUUAAA